CCUCCACCGUGCCAUCCUCUCACCAUCCUUCUUCGACUUCAAUAAUGGUCACUAUUGAGGAGCCUCUCACAACGCCUUGCCGGCCGUCUUUCCUCGUCUUACCGUGCAACAGCAGGACGGCCGUUCCGCGUUACACGUCGCCCACGUUCAUCAGCUCAGCUGCACUUACGUUGCUGUCCUGCGUCCAAUAAUCCCUAGGCCGGCCUCUCUCCCGAUCCGGACUGGCAAUAUGCGUUUAGGGCUCAGCGCUGUCGCUACACUUCCUCCCGCAGCGUCGGGCACCUUUACCCCAGCGUCUCGCGAGCGCGGGACGACCAUCCCGCAAAUCGCCGCCGUCGUCCAUGUGGAAGGUCGAGCCUUCUGUUGGAGGGCCAGUUGUCUGGCGAACCUUCAUUGCUGCGGCGUCACCAUUGACCAGCACUCACUGGAGUGCUACUGCAUGUUCGCGACGCCACCCCCGGGGGUCCACGCACAGGACGACUGUUCCGCACGAGCCUGUGUGUCCGGCCCGCCGAUCCACAUCCAGUUUGCCAAAGACCUGGGGUAUCAGCGCUUGCGUCUUGUUCUUCACAGAAAGGCAUCCACCGUGUAUGCACUUGGCCGCCGCUGACAUGGAGUUCGGUCCCCUCGUUCGUGCCGCCUCAAAUCUCCCUUGACCAUUUUCCCUUUACCAUUUUACCCGUCAGGCACAGCAUAUAAUCAGCAGCAGAUUCAUCU